UAUAUAUAUAUAUUUUUUUUUUUAAUUCGUUUUCGAAUAUUAUUCAUUUAAACGCGAUUUAUGUGAUAUCGCGCGAAUAAAACUUAUUUAUAUUAAUUGUAUCUUUAGCAAUACGCUACUAUUAUAUGAAUAGGUAGAGUUUAGGUUAGGUAAUAAAGAAUUGUUUUAUUGAUGAUUUUUUUCACGAUAAAUCGAGAACUCGGUGUCUCGGCGUUAAUGUGUUAUCUAGAAAUUUUUAUUAUUUCAUUAUCAGCAUUGAACUUUGUACUUAAUUUGUGUUUUUAUGUCUGGCGCGGUAAUUUUGCGAUAACAUUGUUUUUAAAAGCAUUUAUAAAUAAAUGCGAUUGAUUGGGAAAGAUUCUAGGCAAGAUCUGCGAAAGGAAUUCAUGAGAUAAAUUAAAACUUAGAAAUUGCUUUUGAAAAUGAAUUCGCUCAUCGAACCUUUUAAUUCGUUGACAAUUUUCUUGCAAUUUAAAUAGAAUUAUUUAUAUCGAUAUAUUUAUUUCAGUUCUGUUAUCUCGAAAGAUGAAGAAUAUGUAACAUCUCUGAGUUUACAUCGAAUAUUCAGAAUCAUCGGAAUCAAGAAGAAGACAUUUUGUCUCGAAAAGAAACUCUAUCUAUUUCUGUACCGUGCCAUUUCGGCAGAGAUCGAGGUGAAAGGUCAGCGUCGGAACAACAUGACGGUCGUGAAAAUAUUCAAGAAAAGAGUGGACCGCUACCCUAACAAGACAUGCUUCUUCUUCGAGGACCAAGUCUGGACGUAUUCCGAUGU